UAGAAGUAUCCUCCUCUUCAUUUAUACAAACUAUUAAACAUAGGCCAAGCUAUGCUGGUCAGACACAUUUCAAAAGAAUUUUUCUUUAAGAGGAACAAACAAAGGACCUUUUGUGGGCAUACUUUAAAAUGAUUACAACAAAUAAUUUACAAGGUUGUACUGGAAGCAUAGGUGGAGGCUUGCAGAACUGAUUUCUCUGUCUAGGAAAUUCUUAAUUAGAGUUGUGCUAAAGAAAUUCAUAGGGGUCCUAUAAGUGAUCAGGUUUUGAAAAGAUUUAGUGCCGCAUACCAUGCAGCAUUCAGAAGUGUGCUCUGAUCUUUGUUCUGCCUUGCAAGCGACCCCCUCUACAGGAAGAUAACGGAUAAGCCAGGAGGGAGGAGCAGUUUAGCUACACAUGUCUGGCUACUCUUAUCAACUUAUCAUAUAAGGAAAGGAAAGUGAUUGAUUCAGAUACCAAAGCUGUAAAAUCUUGCCAAAAGACAAGCAGAAGAAAACAUUAAAGCUUAUUUUAAAAACCAACAUAGAACUUGCAGCUGAGACAGGACUGUUUCUGACAGUGAGGGCACAGCUGGAGAGAAGACAGCACUUUUUUACCAACUUUGCAACUAGAAAAGUAAAAAAUGCCCUCAUUCAGAGUACUUUACAUGGCAGUAAAGCACUGAAUUUCAGAGCAGAUAACUAGAUAUUCUGAACUCUUGUUAAGAAUACUGAAAAUACAGUACUUAAGAUUUGCAGAGUUAUCGUAGCAAUUAAAAUGUGGCUGGCUGUUUACUUUAUUUUGAGCUGUAAUCUUGUUUCAGCUUCAGGGUACAGCUCUUUUCGUAAAAGCAUGGAGACUAUAGGCAAGAAGCAGUACCAGGUUCAGCAUGGGUCGUGCAGUUAUACCUUUCUAUUGCCUGAGAUGGACAACUGCCGCUCUUCUUCCAGCUCCUAUGUAUCUAAUGCAGUGCAGAGAGAUGCACCACUAGAUUAUGAUGAUUCUGUACAAAGACUCCAACUACUUGAAAACAGCAUGGAAAACAACACUCAGCGGCUAAUGAAGCUUGAGAAUUACAUCCAAGACAAUAUGAAGAAAGAAAUGGUAGAGAUCCAGCAAAAUGCAGUGCAGAACCAAACUGCAGUAAUGCUUGAAAUAGGCAAUUUACUUAAUCAAACAGCUGAAAAAACCCGGAAGUUAACAGAUGUUGAAGCUCAAGUAUUAAAUCAGACAUCAAGACUUGAACUUCAGCUUCUGGAACAUUCUCUUUCAACCAACAAAUUAGAAAGGCAAAUUUCAGAUCAAACCAAUGAAAUAACUAAGUUGCAAGAAAAAAACAGCUUUCUAGAAAAAAAAGUCCUUGAUAUGGAAGACAAGCACACACUUCAGCUGCAGUCAAUCAAAGAUGAAAAAGAACAACUUGAAAUACUAGUAUCCAGACAGAAUUCUAUAAUUGAAGAAUUAGAGAAACAGUUAGCCACAGCUACGGUAAACAAUUCAGUUCUGCAAAAACAGCAACAUGAUCUGAUGGAGACUGUUCACAACUUGCUUACUAUGAUAUCUACACCAAACUCCAAGAACAACUUUGUGGCUAAAGAAGAACAAAUCCGUUUCAAAGACUGUGCUGAAGCAUUCAAAUCAGGACUUACAACAAGUGGAAUCUAUACCUUAAUGGUUCCUAAUAGUGCAGAAGAAAAAAAGACAUAUUGUGAUAUGGAAAGCAGUGGUGGGGGAUGGACAGUAAUUCAGAGACGUGAAGAUGGCAGUGUAGACUUUCACCGGACAUGGAAAGAGUAUAAGAUGGGAUUUGGUGAUCCUGCUGGGGAGUACUGGCUGGGAAAUGAGUUAGUUUCUCAACUGACUAAUCAGAAACGCUAUGUUCUUAAAAUACACCUGAAAGACUGGGAAGGAAAUGAGGCAUAUUCAUUGUAUGAACAUUUCUAUCUAGCAAGUGAAGAACUAAAGUACAGGAUCCACCUUAAAGGACUUACUGGGACAGCGGGCAAAAUAAGUAGCAUCAGCCAACCAGGAAAUGAUUUUAGCACAAAGGAUGCAGACAAUGACAAAUGUAUUUGCAAAUGUUCACAAAUGCUAACAGGAGGCUGGUGGUUUGAUGCAUGUGGUCCUUCCAACUUGAAUGGAAUGUACUAUCCAGUGCGACAGAACACCAACAAAUUUAAUGGUAUUAAGUGGUAUUACUGGAAAGGCUCUGGUUACUCUCUCAAAGCCACAACUAUGAUGAUCCGACCAGCAGAUUUCUAAACCAGCUUUUCAUUGUAUGUGAAUUUUGUAUCGUAUAGUUUUCAAAGACUACAUUUGCCAAACAUUUAAACUCACAGCUGCAACUUGUCUUUUUCCAGCCCAGAAAACAUGCACUAGUAUUCUGAAGGGAUCAAUUUGUUCUGAUAUUGAAUUGCGAUAGUCUUCAUCAGCUCAAGCUCACAUUACUCAACUAGACACAGCAAAGUUUAAAACAUGAAAUAAUCUGAUUUAACAAUGAUUUUGGCAGAAAGACUGAGUAAAAAGAAUGUCCAAGAAACUGUUGGAAAAUUUAAGGACUUUGUUUUCUUUAUCAUUAUGUUGUUAGUAAAUAACUGGAACUGUGAAAAAUAUCUAAAACACUUAGUUUUAGAAAUGUGUCUUUGUGCAUAUCACUGAACUUUAAAUGUUACACUAAUAUAAAAUGUUCUGAACUUGAUAUCUAAAUCUAGAACUAUUUUUCUAUCCUGUACUUUGUUUGCAGUUUAUGUACAUAAAAUACACAGUACCUUGUAAUUAACUCAUUGUAAUAACUAAAGGAUACAUUCCUUCCAAAGUUUCUAAAUAAAUUUUUAGACUAUAAUCAGGGCUUUUCUUGUAGUCCACAAUAGUUUAUUUAACAAUCCUAGGAGAAAUAGCAUCUUCAUUUAAGUGUAUUCUUGGAAAAUACUGUGUAUAAUUGAUCACUAUUUUUUUUUAAACUAUCAGAUUUUGUACUUAUUGCAGUUGAUAUUUUAAAGUGCAAACUAUAGUAUGGUAUCAUGAAUUUCAUUAUAUUUUCUAUGAAAUAUUGUACUUUUUCCUUCCUAGUUGUUUGAUAUAUAAUAACUGAGACUUAAAUAUUACACAAUGCUGUUGCCUCACAAACAGAAAACUUCUGUUCUCCAUGACAAUUAAAUAUUAGACUUUUGGUUAGACUUUUAAAAAUAAGCUAAUUUUAAUAACUUCUUUAAAACCAAUCUAUUAUUUUAUGGAGCAAAGCUCAUGUUUAUUUUCUAAGAUAAAUUUUAUUGAAUUAGGAGAAAAGAGAAACCCAAAUAUAUGCUACAGUUAGAUCGUUUGGGGUUUUAUGUGUGGCGGAAAUAUCUGCACGAGGGCUCGGGUAAUUCUGAAUAUGGUGGUAAUUUAAACCUCAAAGUAUAUCUUUAAGUAAAUAAACAGCUUUACUAGGUGAUUUUCCCAUUUGUUGUACUAAUAUGAUUAAAAACUAUGUUAUAGGAACAUGAUAGAAAUGCAAGUAAUGCAGUGGUAGCACGUAAUGUUAUGAGAAUUAUUUAAGGAAAAUGGAGGAAGAAAAUAAUUAGAGAUAUAAAAAUACUUCAUAGUGAUUUAUACCCAAGGAAUGGAAACUAAAUUGAAUUGUUCUAACUAGCAUUUUACAUAAUAGGCAAAAAUAUAAUUAAGACUAUAUUUUUAAAAUAUCUUACAUCACAUCUACCAAGCUUAUAUAAUUCUUCUUCAAAAAUACUAAGUCAAAAGACUACUUUGCAAUUCACUUCCAUAAUGUGGCUGUCUUACAAAUGGUAUACUACUUAAUCUCCUAUUUUUAAUUCAAAAGAUCAAAAUAGUCUCAAUACUUUUUAUUCAUAUGAAGAAACACAAAAGAUAUCCUCAACAUCUGAAAUAUUUAGGUCAUUACCACAAAAACAAUCCAUUCUUUAAGAAUGCUCAAUAAGGACCAUCUUAGUAUCUGAUAGCACAACAUGAGCACAGACUGGCCAGUCAUUAAAUAAAAACCAUGCUUCAACUAUAAUCUUCAGUUUGUCUAAGGAAAGUACAAGGACAGAACCAGAUAAUGAAAUAAAUGUUGAUUUGAGGUUUAAUUUUGUCUUCUUUGUUUCUAUUAGUAAAGUAUGAAUUCCUGUUUUUAAAAAAUUAUCUGUUGAAUUGCUCAAAAUUUUUUUAGCACAUCUAAGAAACCCACUGUUGAUCUAGUCUGAUUUUCCAAAGCUUUCAAUCUGUAACCUGACAUAAACCUUAAUCAUUACUCCAGUCAAAAUUUAAAAUCAGUCUGUAAUUACCGUUUCCAAUUUUAUUUGAAAAUUUUGUAGUUUUAAAAUCAAAACCUAAUGUUUAAAAUUCAGUUAAUCAGUUUAGAUGCCAUCCUAACUAAAUACAAUUGCAUGGCUUAUUUAAGGUGCAAAUACUAUCUAAAAGAGACUAUGCAUGUAUGUGAUGUGGUAGUGUCAACCAUUCAGUGUCUUGUACUACAACCUGUAGUGACUACACAGUAGAAAAAAAGAGCACCUUUUUCCUGUGUUCUUCCCCAACAAUCUUCAAAAGUGUAAGUGUUGUAUAUUUCUCCAUUCCUAUCCUAUCCUUCCUUCUUAAAUAAGAAAAGGAAGGGAACCCUUCUGAGCGCAACUAAAUACAACAAGAAAAUUUAAAACACCUUGAAUGGAAAUGACUGAAAAGAUGAUAGACUCACAUAGUCACAUAAAAAGUACAACACAGACAAAAGCAAAACUAACUAUCUGAACGGACCUAAUAUCCCUCAACCUCGUCUCAAUGGUCUCCAACCCUUCCCAAUUCUACCAUAGGAAUGAAGGUGAUAAGCAGAUUGACGUUUAUUUGGAGAAUGUUUGCAAACAAAAUACUAGAUAGAAGUAAGGACACUAACAAAAGACAGAAAUCAUUGUCAAAGGGCUUUACAGAUGUUGUGCGAAACUAUUGUAAUUACUUAUAACAAGCCAAGUUAUUAGCAAGAAAAAAGGUUUGAAAAGAAACAGAAAACCCUACAUCCUUAAAUUAAAAUGAUCUGGCUUUCUCCUGCUUCUCUCUCACACAUAAUGCAUAAACAAUGACUGGUACAACAGAAGCAGCACACCUACAUGACAAAAAAGUACAUACUAGUUAUCUGCUACCCCACAACAUCUCCCUCCUCCUCUCUCUGAAAGGACUGUUAGGUUAAACAAAUCUAUAAAUGUAUCAUUAGUUUCUUUCUACAAUCACACAAUAAUAGAAUAGUAGAAUAACUUGUAUUUUCUCUAAACUAUAAUAGCAUGCUUACUUAAAACCAAAGAGAAAUCCUUAUCUCAGAAAUGUUCAGAUUUCAUAAAAUGAUUAUGAAUGUAAACAGUAUUUAAAAAUCCCAGUUUCAAAGAAUAACACAAAACUGUGUGUGACACUAUAUGAAACAGCUGAAGAAAAUGUCUUACACAGCUAAAACAAAUUAUAAACAUUUUUAUCAUGUAAUCAUUAUCUGGUUGGUACAAUCCUGUUUGUAUUGAAGUCCAAAACUAGUUUAUUGCUUAAAACCUCAGACAAUAUGAAGUGGAAGUAUUCCUGGAGAUAGCCUAGGAUAUGCAGGAUAUAAAACUGUUUGCACAAAUGCUUAAUUCAUUGUUUGGGAACUAGCAUUUAAGAAGAAGUGCUGUAUAUUACUCACUUACUAGGUUGUGAAGCCCAAAGCGAUUUUAAGUUCCUGAAAUCCAUUCAAUGGAAAAAAACAGUAAUGUAAGCUACAUCUGGGACAGAAGUAUUAAAGCUAUGCCCUGUUGUCUUUUCCCAUCUGAUAAUAUUUCUUGCUGUGCUCAGUUGGAAAGUAACAAGUGAUACUACACAGCUCAAGAACAUGCACAUUUAAACAUGAAACUUAGGCCAGGUCUACACUACAUACUUUCAUCAGUAUAGCUAUAUUACUCAGAGAUGUAGAAAAUCUUAAUCCCUGAGCAAGGCAGUUACAGCAAGCUAACUACCACUGUAGAGAGCUCUAUGUUGAUAGAAGAGUUUCUCCUGUGAACAUAGCUAAUGCCUAUCGCAGAGGCAGGUUAACCAGACUGAUGGGAGAAGUUCUCAUUGCAGGGGUGCAAUUUUAACUACAGACCUGCUCUCACUUACUCUGAAGUUAUUUGGCAAGCAAUGUUUACAUAUUAUACCACAGGGUUUUGCUUACUGUUCAGGAAGGAGGACUGAGUAAGAGUGAAGAGAGAGAGAGAGAGAGAGAGAGAGAGAGAGAGAAUGUGUUUAUUUUUUUUUUAAAAGACACUUAUGAGUAAGUCACCAAUUAUUAACCCAAUUUCUGUAACUAUUAAUUCAAGAGAGAAAUUAAUCUAAAUUCACAACAGAGGAGCA